AUGUGUUUGUGCUCAGCACUUCAACAACAACAACCACUUGAAGAGGUAUGCAGAGAAGACUUCGAUGGAAUUACACAGUGGGUCGAAUCUCUGGCCUCCCAGCUCCCAUUUACAUUGAACAAGAGAAAGCUCAAUCCGAAACCUCCGGAGGGUGAGCAACGGAUAGCUAAAAUUUUCGAAUUCGACCCCACUGAAUAUCACACGCGAACGCUUCUGAAGCUCAAUAUAAAAAAAUGGGCUGCGCAGCCAAGUUCAUUUACGCAACUACAAAAACAGCUGGUUUAUAGUAGAAAAAAUCCAGCAUAUGAGAUUAUCUUUGAAAGCUUACAGCUUCAACAAUCGGAUGCGCAUUCCUGUAUCCUGCGCAGAUUCCAGUCUGUGGCACUUUAUAGGCAACGAGAACGGCAGGCUCGAAAUGACGAUGCCAAAACAAUUGCAAGCGCACUGUUCCCUCUUAUCCAUCCUCCUGAAGAUGGCGACGACCCUCCGGAAGAUGGCAACAACAUGCAAGAUCUCAGCAAUACUAUUGAAACCUUGAUACAGGCCGGCCCGAGGUAUGACAGCAUUGGAAAGAGGCUGUGCCUUGGCAGCCUGUUUCUACUUGGAGAUGCCAUUCCAAACAAUAUAUGGGAGAAAUGGCUUCCCUCAACGGGUUCUCGAUUUGAUAGAGCAAUGGAUUAUCUGAUUGAGAAAGGGAUAGUCACCAUAGGAAGUAAAUAUAAUGAACUGGGAGAGAAAAUUCUUGCGUAUUAUGACAGUCGCCUACCAGUGAUGCCUGAAAUCGUAUGGAUGAAUGACAAUGUCCAGGGAAAACACACGAAGCCUAGGCGCCAGCGCCACAGCCAAAAGAAAGCCACAGCGCCCGCCCCAAAUCCUCAAUACAUUCAAGUUGACCGAAAUACUACCAACUCCACAAAGACGUCUCAAAAGCGGGGAUCUAGUAAUCCUCAGCUCGGGAGGAAACGAUUGAAAGCAACUACAGCGUGUAGUGCAACUAACGACGAGCGUGCUGAAGUGAAUGAGCAGGGACACAAUGGUACUUUGAUGCAGGCUCUGUUGACAGUAGUAGAGCAUGAGGUGGACCAAAUCCCGGCUGAAAGCUCGUCGACACUGGGGCCAACUUCUUUGACUACAUGGGAGUCGCACAUGCCAUUCGAUGGAUCAGCGCCCAGAUCCGAGGUUGGAAACCUCGCAAGUUUUCAAUCCAAUGGAGUCUCUCGUGAAACACAGAUGUCCGGAUCGGAUUCAAGGGCCGGUAAUAGCUGUGUUGGUUAUGUCACCUCAUAUGAUAGCGCUGUCAAUAGGUUGCUUCAGAGUUCAAAUCCAUUAAGCCAGUGGAGCCUGCUUUCACAGAGCCAGAAGGCCAGUAAAACCUGGGUAGAGCCCUCUGGACAAAAGGAAUCAAGUCAAGUAUAUCGCCAGCCAGAAAACAAUAAUCUUAAUGGUUGGAACCAGGGCCAUGUGCUGUCCCCUCCGGAUCAGAUCGAUGACUUGAUCAAUAACAUGGAUAACCAGGAUAACACUCUCAAUGGUUGGAACCAGGGCCAUGUGCUGUCCCCUCCGGAUCAGAUCGAUGACUUGAUCAACAACAUGGAUAAUCAGGGUAACACUCUCAAUGGUUGGAACCAGGGCUAUGUGUUGUCCCCUCCGGAUCAGAUCGAUGACUUGAUCAACAACAUGGAUAAUCAGGAUAACACUCUCAAUGGUUGGAACCAGGGCCAUGUGCUGUCCCCUCCGGAUCAGAUCGAUGACUUGAUCAACAAUAUGGAUAAUCAGGAUAACAUUCUCAAUGGUUGGAACCAGGGCCAUGUGCUGUCCCCUCCGGAUCAGAUCGAUGACUUGAUCAACAACAUGGAUAAUCAGGGUAACACUCUCAAUGGUUGGAACCAGGGCUAUGUGUUGUCCCCUCCGGAUCAGAUCGAUGACUUGAUCAGCAACAUGGAUAAUCAGGAUAACACUCUCACUGGUUGGAACCAGGGCCAUGUGUUAUCCCUUCCCCCGGAUCAGAUCGACGACUUAAUCAACAGCGGCCACAAUAUUCCUCCUCCGGGCCAGAUCGACGACUGGAUCAACGGCAUGAACAAUCCGCAGGAUAGCACUCGUAAUGCCACCAUAAAUCAAUGGUCCCAACCCAUCACAUGCUAG